CGCGAUGCCACACCUGAACAAACCUCCAGUGAGGUUAGUACUCCCACCCUCCUGGCCACAAAGCUACAACAUUUUAUGUGGUGUUCCUACCGUCUCUCGCUCUCUCUGUCUCUGUCUCUCUGCCUGCAAUCAAAGAGAUAGACAUGGCCUCCAUUGUUGCAAGCUUGCCUCCCCCAGCAAUGUUUGUCCCUGGUAGAAGCACCGUUUUCAGGACUCUUCUAAAACUUCCUGUUUCUCCCAUUAGAGAGAGACAAAAUCAAGUGCAUCUUGUUGUGAAGGCUGCUGGAGAAAGCUCUGAGUCUUCAACCUCCCUCGGCAUUGUUAAGUCUGUACAGAAUUUUUGGGAUAAAUCUGAAGACCGGCUGGCUCUUUUCGGUUUGGGUUUUGCAGCUAUAGUAGGUCUAUGGGCAUCAACAAACCUUAUAUCAGCCAUUGACAAGUUGCCGGUUAUCCCAAGUGCACUAGAACUUAUUGGCAUACUAUACUCUUCAUGGUUUAUAUAUCGAUAUCUCCUUUUCAAACCUGAUCGGGAAGAGCUAAUCCAGAUUAUCAACAAGUCAGUAUCUGAUAUCUUGGGCCAGUAAAUCAUGAGUGUAACUUUAGAACAUGAAGGUUUUCUUUAUUAAUUCGCGACACAUCUGUAUUAGUAUCAGUGAAUACUUGACCAAGUAAAAUCAAUUAUGCUGCCUUUCAUUUUCUCACACCGAGUUAUUCCAAGAAGUUCAUGAAGAAACUUUGUUUAUAGUUACUUUCUGUGUGGAAAUUGAGAAUUGUCAAAUAAUAGGGCAAGAGUUUUGAGCUGCA